UCGCUCUCUUUCAGUCAACUGCAGCUGACAUGGGUCGAUCCAAGGAAUAUGCGCAUCCUUCCGACGGAGAAGCAAAAGGCAAAAACCCAAUCAUUUGGAAGAUCCUAACGCUUGUGUUGCUACUUAUAUGCAUAGCACUUCUGAUAGCUUUGAUUGUAGUCGCUUCAAGAUCGCACGACGGGAAAAAGAGAGCAGAAGACAAUGGCCAGCAGAGCGACCAAGACAAGUUAAGUGCAAAGGCUUGCACAAGUGAGCCAGCUGCAGGCAUCAAAAUAUCUCGCAAAUCAUCGCAAAUCUUUGAAGACCUAAGYGCUGAAGAAAUAAUCGCUGUCCGUGACUAUAUGUAUGCAGAUAAGAAGCUCGACAUAACUCCAUACGAUAACGCCACUGUUGCGGACAACUAUAUAUACUUCAUCAAGCUCAGACCACCGUCAAAAGCAGACGCUCUUAAAUAUCUGGAUGGCAAUGGAGACAAGCCUCGCAGAGAAGCAAUCGUCUCAGUGUAUGCAGGAGCAAGGUCGAAAGUAGAAGAGUACAUUGUUUACCCAGCGGGAAAACCAACCAAACACGACGAGCUGAAAGUUUCAGGUCAAAGGUAUCCUAUUCCCUUUGACUCACGACCAUUUGAUGAGACYAUUGAAGCAGGACAGAUAACAAAAAUGCUGUACGCAGCGACGUCAAAAGUUAAAGAACUGAUKUUAGAAACCUACGAUGGCUACUCGUUUGGCGGCRAAUGYGGCAGUAAAUGCAUUACAUACAUGUACGCAUCACCCAUGGGUUUUACUAGCACAACACGUGAAACGUGGUUCUGGUUAAUGCGUGAUGUACCAGGAAAGUACGAAAACCCAUUGGAUUUUGAAGUUUACAUCGAUCACAAAGGCCCCGACGUUUCGAAAUGGAAAAUAUUAAAAAUCGUCUACAACAACCAAUCRUUUGCWUCGGCAGAYGAUUUACUGAAGGCAUACAACGAUAAAACACUGAAAAUAAGCAAAAAUCCUGCACCAUCCAAAGAAAAAUUGUUUUCUUCUUAUGAAAGACGUGGAGACCCACAACCCGCGAAACCSUCUAGGGGUCCGGAGCUGUUYGAACCAGACGGGAAGCGUUACGCCAUCGAUAGAGAACGAGUAGAGUACAUGGGUUGGGAGUUCGAAUUCCGCGUUGACUCRAUCAAUGGAAUGGAGAUCUAUGAUAUUCGCUACAAGGGAGAUCGCAUCGUGUACGAAUUGAGUAUUCAAGAAGCCAUYGCUACAUAUACUGGCUACUACCCUUCUCAAACACACAUGUACUACUUGGAUGGAAACUGGAGACUGGGAAUGAGUAGUUUUGAAUUGGUCCCUGGAGUAGACUGUCCUAAAACUGCUGGGUUUUUCAAUCUUUCUCACAUGAUAGGAACGCCUAACGCUGUCACCAUGAARAACGCUGUCUGCGUWUUUGAGCAAAAUACAGGCAUACCGUUACGUCGACAUGAGGAAAGUGACUUUGUCAGUAGCUACAAGUUCUAUGGCGGAAUGGCCAACAACGUGCUCGUCUUGCGUACUAUACCAACCGUCUACAAUUACGACUACGUAUGGGACUUUAUAUUUUAUCAAAACGGUGUCAUUGAAGUACGAUUGUCCGCCUCUGGUUACGUCAUGGGGUCUAUUUACACCGAUGACUCUAAAUCUUAUUGUAACAGACUAUCUGAACAUGGAGGAGGCUGCACACAUGAGCACUUGAUCAACUUCAAAGUUGACAUGGACGUCCUUGGUACCGAGAACUCGUAUGAAACCAUUGAGAUUGGAAUGGAGAAUGUUACAAGUCGAUGGAUUGACAAUUUUAACCGCAUGCGCAAAGUCUUGAUACCGGAGACCAAGAAAACUGAAAAGGAUGCCUUGUACAAGUUUGACUUUGAUCGACCAAAGUACUUGAAUUUCUAUCACGAAGGGAAGACCAAUAAAAUGGGAGUACGCAGAGGUUACAGAAUACAGAAUAAUGGACUUUCGAAGAUGUUAUACCCGGAGGAUUGGAUGCUAGUACCCAUGAUUAGCUGGGGUCUGUAUCAAAUGGCUGUAACCAGGCACAAAGACAACGAGAGGUACAGUUCCUCUCCAUACAACCAAAAUGCUGGAGCAGACCCUCAGGUGGAUUUCAGGGACUUCGUCGGUAACGAGAGCAUUGUCAAUCAAGACCUGGUUGCCUGGGUAACCAUUGGAAUGAUGCACGUCCCCCACUCUGAAGAUAUCCCAAAUACAGCUACAGCAGCCAAUCAAGCUCGGUUCUUUAUCAGACCAUUCAACUAUUUUGAUGAAGACCCGUCUAUUGGCUCCACCAACGCCCUCCUGAUGACACCAAUAAAGAAGGGAACUAACAAGAUAGAGCGUUACGGAACGCCAACCGGUCCAGUGUGCAUUCCUAUGAAUAAAACCCUCGAUUUCAGUGGGAUCUAUUGAUUUUUAAUCGACCAUCCGCUAGUUUGCAUGCAUUCACUUGUUGCUAAGAUUCAUUCACAUGAAGUUGCAUUGAAAACGACAAUAAAUUGUUUUUAGUGUUUCA